AUGUCUGCGGUGCUCUUCAAGCCUGCAAAAUGGUGGUCACUGCUCAAGCUGAAUUCGAGACGCACUUUUUCGACGCGGGCAUGUGACCGCAAAUCGCACGGCGCGCGAUGGCAGAUCCGACAGUCUGUGGUCCCUCCUCGUCCGAGCUUGGUGGGCAUCCUCUCCGCAUUUCCUACUUCGAUCACUACGCUACCAACCGCAAGCUAUUCGACGAUUUCAUCUGAGAUGGUGCUGGACUUGGACCCCACGACACAGUCCAACUAUGAUCAGAUUGCAUCUGAGCAUGUUGAUCUCGACUGGACGCUUGACUUUGAGAAGAGCAUUAUCUCGGGCUCGAUAACGCAUACGCUUGCGGUCAGGAAGGAUGCGGUAGCCGCGGUGGUUUUCGACACGAUUGCCCUGUCGAUUGACGAGGUCCUGGUCGCGGACAAGCAGGUGGACUUCUUGCUUGGCGAGAAACACCCUGUCAUGGGUUCCGCCUUGACGAUUCCCUUGCCUUCCGGUCUUAAGACAGGCAACAAAGUCAAGUGCACCAUCUCUUAUAGAACCUCACAGAAAUCCAUGUCCUUGCAAUGGCUCGCGAAAGAACAGACACGGGGGAAACUGUUCCCCUUCCUCUUCAGUCAGUGUCAGCCCAUCUAUGCUCGCAGCCUCGCGCCAUUGCAGGACACGCCUUCUGUCAAGAUUACUUACAACGCCAAGGUCACCUCGAAGCUUCCCGUCCUUCUCUCCGCCAUUCGCGUUUCGCCCCCUUCAGAUGGCCCUGCGCACGGUGGCAAGAAAAUCGGCACGGAUGCCGUCACAUACACGUACAAACAGCCAUUUCCGAUCCCUACGUACCUGGUUGCCAUCGCCGCAGGCAACCUCGCGUACCACCCAUGCCCGCCGGUUUCGGGCAAAUCUUGGAAGACCGGCGUGUGGGCAGAACCCGAGACGCUCAAGGCAGCAUAUGAUGAAUUCGGCGAUGCGAUCAACGAGUAUGUUGAGAAGGCAGAGGAGGUGCUGCCGCCAUACCAAUUUGGCGUAUAUGACGUGUUGGUGUUGCCCCCGUCGUUCCCAUAUGGUGGAAUGGAAAAUGCCUGCCUUUCGUUCCUCACUCCAACGCUACUUGUCGGUGACCAUUCCUUGGUUGACGUCGUAAUCCACGAACUCUCCCAUUCCUGGUUCGGCAACGGCGUAACUCAAGCCCAUUCAACGCACUUCUGGCUGAACGAAGGCUGGACGACCUACAUGGAGCGCCUCAUCCUCGGCCGCCUGCACGGCGCUGGAGUGCAUGGCUUGAACUACAUCAUUGGUGCGAAGGCCAUGUUCGACGACCUCGAGAGGUACAAGGAUACGCCCAAGUACCAACGGCUCGUGAUCGAGUUCGACAAGGGAGAGGACCCGGACGACGCAUACAGCAAGAUUCCGUAUGAGAAGGGCGCGAAUUUGAUAUUGCACCUCGAGAGGACGAUUGGUGGACUGGACAUAUUCUUGCCGUACGUACGGGACUACGUGUCCACGUUCAUGGGCAAGAGCAUCACCACUACGCAAUGGAAGGACCAUCUAUAUGCGUACUACAAGGUGCACGGAGGGGAAGAGAAAGUCAAGGCCCUUGACAGCAUCGACUGGGAUGCAUGGUUCUACGGCGAAGGCACAAAGCUCCCGGUCGACAUGCAAUAUGACACGACGCUCGCAGAAGCGGCAUACGCUUUGGCGAAGAAGUGGAGCGAUUCGCGAAACACCGCAGAUGUUUCUCAUCUCUUCAAACCAUCUGAUCUCGAAAACUUCGAUUCGAACCAAAAGGCUGUCUUCCUCGAGCGUCUUCACUCCUACCCGCCGCUGCCCUCCACGCAUGUCAAAAAGCUCGGCGCGAUCUACGGCCUAGCCCACACGCCCAAUGCGGAGUUGCGUUUCCGCUACUACGCGAUCGCCUUCGCCGAUCCAACGACGGAUGCUGCGAAGGAGCUUGCCCCUGCCGCGGCGAACUGGGUUGUCGGCAAGGACAGCUCGGGCGUGCUCAAGGGUCGCAUGAAAUUCUGCAGACCGGUGUUCAGGGAAGUAAAUCGUGUGAACCAUAAGCUCGCCGUGGACACAUUCGUACCGUCGAAGGACGCAUUCCACCCGAUCGCACGUAGGAUGAUUGAGAAAGAUCUUGGAUUAGCUUAA